UGUUUCUGAUGUAGCCUUAGAGGCUUACCUCACUGAUUAUUUUAGAACGCAAGCAGACAGAAAUAAGACUCAGAUGUAUUGGAAUGAGUAACGUGAGAUGUUUCCAGAAACCAUGAUAGCAGAUGGCAACAAGAACAGAAGAUGCACCAGACUGACGGCUGCGUUCUUGAAUAGAACAAGGUCUUACUAUGCUCUUAUUGAGGAAGACAGGGUAAAUGAUGGCUUCAGAAUCACGAUGAAUGGAGAUCAGGGCUUUCAUGCAAUGGAUAUUGAUCCGCCCCCGAGUGAGGAUGAUGAAGACCACAAUGAUGAUCAAUCUGAGGAAGAGGAGAAUCAUGCAGAUCCUGAUGGUCCAGAGGAUCCUGACAAUGGACCGCCAGAUGAUAACCUGGAGGAGGAUCAAGAGGAUAUGGAGGUAGAGAACAGAUUUGGUAAUGGAGCUAUCAAUGAGGGAGGCCCUCAGGAGAAUGGUUUCCAUGAAGGAUCAGCAAACUCCACACCGCCAGGUUCUGUGGCUAGAGGUAACUCACCUAACAGUGUGCUCUCAUUUCCUUCUUUUACUGUUUUACAUGAUGUUCAAGAUAUGUUGCAUGUUCACAACCUGCUAGUCCUUGCACAGUCAACCGUUUCACUGACAAGUAACCGGUCAAUCUCUGAGGAACAAUCUCAGGACAUUAAUGCUUGGGACAAUUUUGUUCAUGUUAUUUCAUCUGUUGAGCCUACUAUAUUAGAUAGUAGUUUACUUUCUGGUAAUUCAAAUGUACUGUCAAGGGAGGAACCCAGGGUCGAUGUACUGUCUCCUGAUAUAGGGGAUUUAGUUGUUACAGAUCAGGGUAGCCAGCUCAAUACAAGUACCAUGACUAACCUCCCUGCGUGGUGGAGAUCAUGGGGCUUUUUUUGUAAUGCUAAGACGAGUCUAGUUCAGGAAGAUCAUGACAUAGAUUUGGAAUCGGAGAAUGUAAUGGUGGUUAGAGAAGUUAUUGCAGAGAGUCUUGCAACCCCAGAGAUGGAAGAGGGGGACGCUCAGUUUCAAUUGGGAGAACAGGCAGCACAGUACUUCAGUCGGCUGCUAGUAGCUGGGGAGGAAGUCAACAGCAGGGAAAAGGCCAUUAUUCUGUCUUGGCCACAAUUGAGGGGCAUGCCUGAGCAAGGAGUGCCUAGACUCACAGAAUACUGUCAUCACACCCCUAGCACUAAUCAGAGUAAGACAAAUCAAGUACCAAGGAAUUUGGCAAGAAGGACCUUCAAGAGGAAAGGAAUGAGUCUUACAGCCAGGCAAGCACAACAGCAAAGAGGACGGCAAAUGCAAAAGUAUCAGCUGGAGCUAAGAACAAAUGGUACACUGCAACCAGUUCACUUCAACAUGGCACAAUCUCAACAACCUCACAGGACCUUAGAUCGUUUAAAAAGAUGGAAGAGACAGGUGGCUUUGGACAAAUUGAAGGUGAGCAGUGAUCUGCUAGUAGGCAAUGAGGCCAAGGACACUAGUAUCAUGGCCAAACGUCCAAGAGAAGUGACAGCAGGGAGUGCACAUCAACUGGCAAGGAAAGCUCAAUGCCUGGAAGGGCACAUAGGAGGCCUUUACCUAUGGCCAAUUUGAUCUCUUUUUUUGAUAACCAAUUGACUAUGCAGGAAGCACAGGAAGAACUGAAAGGAUUUGCGGCGGUUGAUCCAGAACAACUGCCUAUGUUUUCAUGAGAAUCCUCAGUUGGAAUUGUCGGGGCAUGAACAGUGGCCCCACUCAGCAAGUACUAUGUAAAUUAAUGAGACAAUAUAACCCUAGUAUGUUAUUUUUGAUGGAAACUAAGAUGAAUGCUAGUAGUAUGGUUAAAUGGCAGCAGGGGACUAGAUAUAGGCACCUCAUUUCGGUGGAUCCAUUGAGCACCAGGGGAGGAUUAGCCUUAUUUUGGGUACAUGGCAUCUCUCUAACCUUGCUGGCCAAAAAUAAAAAUGUAAUAGCAGUGAAAGUAGUAGAAGUCAGGGCUAGAAUGGGUG